AUGACCUCUGUUCUCUUCCAGAAUGCUGCCACUGUGCCUGCUGCUACCCCCGUGGCUGGUCCAGCACCUCCUCUGUCUGUGUUUGACAUGAACACCCGAGCCAUUGUCUGCCUCAAGGAAGGACGCGUCCAAGAGUGCAUGGCUGGUCUGAGGGAUACCCUCGUCCACACCCGCACGCGCCUCAUGAACCAUCAGCAACCAGAAGCCCCUGCUGUUCCUGCCCCCGUGGAACAGCAGCAGCCAAGCACUGCUGCCAAGGCUGCGGACGCCAUGGAGGAAGAUACCCCCCGUUUGCCCUUGCUCUCUCUCUUUAGUGUUCCUCUAUUCACUCAUCAGCAGCUCUUGGCUCCUGGAGAUGACCUCAGUGCGCACUGUCCUCUCUUUGACCGCGCGUUUGUACUGGGCAGCGACAGUGUGGAUCCCAACGACGAGACCUGGAUGACAGACGCUCACUGCCAAAACGUUACCUUGGGCGUCAUGCUCUAUAACUUGGCUCUCUCUCAUCACCUCACGGGUAUCUACAAGGGAGUCUCGACCGAAGAUUUCCGAGUGGCCAUUAACCUCUACCAAAUGGCCCUCAGUCUCGUCGAGUCCAGUAUCCGACGAGGAGAAGACGAAGAAGGAGAAGAAUGCCAAAAUUUGGUGAUUCUACUCUGUGCCAUCUUUAACAACAUGGCUAACAUUCAUUCCAGACACUUGCAUGUGGAACAAACACGCAAUUGCUUGGAAUGCCUCAAGGAAAUUGUCUCCUCCGUCGGUACCGUCGUGCCCUGCGUCGAAGAAGAUCACUUCUUCUUCUACCUCAGUCUGUUUGUCACGGCGCCAGUGCACGACUUUGCCAUUGCGCCGGCGGCCUAA